GAAGUCGAAUUACAUUAUUAUUAUUAUUAACAUCGAAAAUGGGUAAGAAAUUCGAUGCAAUAAUGGGGAAGAACUCGAAAUCUUCGAACCAACUUAAGCCACUUCUAAACCUUGCUCUAUCACGUUUAGUCGUCCUCAAGAACCAACGUCAAGCUCGUUGUUCCCUUUCUCGAUCCGAUGUUAUCCAGCUUCUAAACCUAACUCAUCACGAUCGAGCCCUUCUUCGUGUUGAGCAAGUGAUAAAAGAAGAGAAUAUGAUUGAUGUUUUUGUUAUGGUAGAAGGUUAUUGUUUCAUCAUCUUGGAAAGGAUACAUCUUAUUGAAGAACAAAGCAGGGAAUGUCCUGAAGAUGUGAAUGAAGCUGUAUCAUCAUUGAUUUAUGCAGCUUCAAGGUGUGGUGAAUUUCCAGAACUUCAAGAGAUUCGAGCCAUUUUCACUAAUCUUUAUGGCAAAGAAUUUGCGGCUCGAGCCAUUGAAUUGCGCAAUAACUGUGCCGUCAACCGCCAGAUGGUUAUAAAGUUAUCUCCCAGACAGCCAGAUUUGAAAAGCAGACUGAAAAUACUCAACGAGAUUGCUGCAGAAAACAACAUUGUGUUGCAAAUUCAAGAUAUAACACCACCACCACCACCCAAUAUUGAUCUUGAUGAACAGGUACAAAAUACUAAUUAA